AUGGAAAAAGAUCGCAGCUAUGCUGUUCACUAUGGUGUGCCAACUUCGAAGUCCCGGUCAUCAGCAGAGAAGGCAGGCUCGAUCCCAUCUCGAUCAUCCACAGGGGAAACGGAGAAAAGCUGUGCCACCCAUCCUUUGGUGCCAACCUCUGAACCCUGGAUACGGAUGGAGAAGCCAAAACCACCCUUGCCUCAGGCGCCCGCCGUAGAAACGGAUAGAAGGCGUGCCACUCACCUUUUGAUACCAACCUCUGAUCCCUGGUUACCGGUGAAGCCAAAAUCAGUCCCAUCUCAGCCAUCCACAGUAGAAGAUAGCAGCUAUGGCGCUCACUCUUCUGUGCUAACUUCUGAGCCGUGGUCAUCGGAAAAUCUGAUAUUCCCAUCUCAGGUGUCCACCACGGAAGCAGAUAGCAGCUAUCUGGAUCAGCUUGCUAUACCACCUUAUGAGUUAUGGUCACCAGUGGACAAGCUGAUGCCGCUCUCAUUUCAUUUGUCUCCUGUGGAAAAAUUUACUAGCCACACUACUACCUACAAUAGCAACCUUACUUCUUCAGGUUUUGACGUACCCUCAGUUGUGUCCGAGACACCAUUAGAGAAGUCACUGCCACUUCCACCUUAUCAGCUUUCCACUAUUGAAUCUUAUAACAGCUUUGGCACGUGUACCAUCAGUCCUCCCUCUUCGGGCUUUGUUAUGUCCAGCUCUGAGCCUCAGCCAUCAGAAAAGAGCCUGAUAUCUCCACCAUCUCGACUAUCGACCAGAAACAAAUCUAGCAGUCAUGCCAUCCAUAACAUCAGCCCUGCCUCGCCUGCUGUGACCAUGCCAGCCUCUGAGUCUCAGCCAUCCAGAAAGGGCCUUAUAUCACCACCCUUUCAAUUAUCCACCAGAAGAAAGUCUAGCAGCUCUACCACCCGUAACAUCAGCCCUGCCUGUGCACGUCAAUCACCAAAGAGCUUGAUUCCACCUCUGUCUCCAUUUUGCACCACAGAAGCAGCUAGCACUUAUGUCACCGGUAACAUCAGCCCUUCCCUUCCAGGCCCAACCCAUAACAUCGGUACAAAAGGGCAGGGAAGAGGCAACCUCAGGGGUUUGAGCGGCCCCCUGGCAGCACAGGAGGCCCAGGCCCAGGGCUCCUGUAAGAAAGAGUCACCUCUCUGUUUCAUGAUUAAGACCGGAAUAAUUGGAACCAGCACAAACAACAGAGGCAACAAAGUUAAGAAGAUGCAAGAAUUUUCCGGCUCUAAAAUGCGCGGUCCCAGAGGAGAAUCUGAGUCCGAGGCAAGGGCAUAUGGCAAACAACAAAACCAGAAACCGGCUAAGUCGGUAGUCGAAGAAACGGUGAAAACGGAGAGAUACUCUAAAGAGGGAGCAAAAAGGAGUGGUACUUUGAAAACAUCUUCUACUGAAAAGUUCACAGAGAGGAAAGUACCUAUGAUUGAUUGGGAUGCAAUCAGACAAAGUCACCUGCAAUACAUUAAAGACAAGUGGGGAAGCCUACCUCCAAUUAAGAAAGAUUUUUAUAUUGAAUCAGCCACUACCAAAUCAAUGUUACAAUCAGAAGCAGACAGGUGGCGCAAAGAAAACAAUAAUGUAACUUGUGAUGAUUUAAAAAAAUUUGAAAAAAGAUCUAUCCCGCACCCUGUCUGCAAAUUCGAAGAUGCAUUUGAACAAUAUCCGGAAGUAAUGGAAAACAUAAGGAAAGUAGGCUUCAUCAAACCCACGCCAAUACAGUCACAGGCAUGGCCAAUAAUAUUGAAAGGUAUUGACUUGAUCAGCAUUGCCCAAACGGGCACUGGAAAAACAUUAGCAUACCUAAUACCAGGUUUUAUUCAUCUUGACCAACAACCGGUAGCCAGAGAGGAAAGGGGUGGUCCUGGUAUGUUGGUGCUCACCCCAACCAGAGAAUUAGCUAUUCAAAUCGAAAAUGAGUGUAAGAAAUAUACCUAUAAAGGGAUCAAGAGUAUAUGCAUAUAUGGUGGAGACAGAAGUGGUCAAACUGAGUGUAUCCCCAAAGGUAUAGAUAUAAUCAUUGCCACCCCUGGUCGCCUUAGCGACCUUCAGAUGAACGACUUCAUCAAUCUUAACAGCAUAACCUACCUAGUUCUAGAUGAAGCCGAUAAGAUGCUGGAUAUGGGGUUCGAGCCUCAAAUAAUGAAAAUUUUAUCAGAUAUUCGGCCAGAUAGACAAACGGUAAUGACCAGCGCUACCUGGCCUGAUAUUGUCCGUCAUUUGUCCCAAAAGUAUCUAAAAGAUCCAAUGAUAGUUUAUGUUGGCACUUUGAAUUUAGCCACAGUAAAUACCAUAAAACAAAAAAUAAUCGUAACUACUGAAGAAGAGAAACGAGUUUUACUACUCUCGUUCAUUGAUUCAUUGAUGCCUGAACAUAAAGUAAUUAUUUUUGUAAGUAGAAAGCUUAUUGCUGAUGAUAUAUCCAGUGACUUGAGCAUUAAGGGCAUACCUGUGCAGUCACUCCAUGGUAAUCGAGAACAAGAUGACCGGGACCAAGCGUUAGAGGAAUUUAAAAAAGGAGUAGUAAAAAUAUUAAUAGCUACAGAUCUGGCAUCACGAGGUCUUGAUGUCCUUGACAUCACUCAUGUUUUUAACUUCGAUUUUCCUCAAAACAUUGAAGAAUAUAUACAUAGGAUAGGACGUACAGGAAGAGCUGGACAAAGUGGCUCGUCAAUCACUUUACUUACCAAAAAUGAUUGGAGCAUUGCUGGGGAGCUAAUUAACAUCUUGCAUCGGGCCAACCAAGAAGUUCCCCGUGAGCUUGCAACGAUGGCUAGGCAGUAUAAGCAGUAUAAGCAUAGAAAGAGUGAGGAAAAGAAGUUAAGGUAUUAUAGCAGGCCAAGAUAACAUAGUUUACUUUAAAGCCUGUUUAUUCUCUUUAAGUUUAAAAGUGUUUUAAAAAAAUGCUUGUGAAUUGGACAUUAUGUUUUCAUCUGGUAAUUGGAAAACCCUAAGGUUGUGUGGGAAUGUGAUUGAG